AUGGGUGAAUACAUUGAGACGGUUGGUGAAGACUAUGGGCUGAAAGUCAUUGAGAUGAAGUACCACACGGCCGUCAUGAGGUUCAGGCAUCGCGGUUUCACUGGUCGGGCCUUAGAGGUCCGUGAGAUGGCCACAGAUCCGCAGACAGAAGCGCAGCAGCUAGCUGCGGCCUUGAUCGCGGCAGCAAACAAUGUGGCGCAAUCUUCAACAGCAUUGCGUCAAGCCCAAGAACAAUUUGCAGCGCAGCAAGCAGCAGCGCAAGUGACGCAGGCGACCUCGCAGCCGACGUCGGUGACGCAAGCUGCAAGUGGCACUAGCAAGUUCUCCAAUGCUGGAAAGAUGGUCCGAAUGCCCGAUCCGUUCGUAGCAAACGGUGUAGAUGCCGAGCAGGCAGCGUGGCCAGAUUUCCUCCUGAACUUGAAAGCAUGGCUGUGCGCAGCCGAUGAGAACUUCGAGAAAGACAUGCAGGAUGUAGAAAAGGACCCGGAUGCAGAGGUAGACAUUGAUUUACUGCCGGAUGAUGCUCAAGCGAGAACUCAGCCGAACAAUGGUCCUCAACCUAUGGAAGUAGAUAUGGUUCAGUACAAGGGCAAAGGCAAGCCAGGCGGAAAGUCCAAAUCGGACAAAGGUGAGACUCAAAGGACUCCAGAGGCAGCUCAGCCGGGACCUGAUGCAAUGGUUGAUGCACCCAUGCAACCUGUCAGUGGUAAUCCCGAUAUGCAUCCGGUAGCUGCUGAUGAGCCCGUAGAUGACCCAGCACCUGCAGCAGGUGUUCCAGCAGAGCCCACAGAGCAUGAGCGGUGUGACAACGAGCCAUCAACUCUUGCCAUCCUCGAAACUGCAAAGAAAGUUUUGAUUUCAUUGGGCAUUGCAACCACCACUGAGACCAUUGUGCCAGGUAACAAGCCGGCCAACGGCGCAGCCGAGGCCACAGUGCAGGCCAUCCGUAACCAAGCAAAUUUGCUGGUGAAUCAGAUCGAGAAGAUGUGCGGCGCUGGAGACCAGAUCAUCUUCAGCGCAAACCACCCAGUAUACCAAUGGUCAAUAAUAGUCCACGCAAGCUUUCUGCAUAAUCGCUUCAAUGUGACACAAGGUGAAACGCCGUAUGAACGUGCUUCAUCUAGGGAGUACACUGGUCGCUUGUGCACAUUUGGAGAACAAGUCAUGGGCUACUUGAAUCCAAAGGUCAAAGGACUCAUGUUUCCAUGGACUCCACGUGAACCUGAGAUAGGUGCUGAACAGUUGGCAGAGAUUGACAACCUUGCGGAAUUGGUUGAAGUCAUGAGACUCAAAUCCUUAGGUGUUUUGCUGCCUCCAGAGCAAGUAGGUAGUGACAAUCCUAAGAUGUUGUCGACAAAGUUUGUGAUCACAUGGAGAGACAAGACAAUAGACGGCAAACGCUGCUGGCUCAGACGAGCCCGCAAAGUGGCCAGAGAGUUCAACUGGCUCAGUGAGCGCGAAGAUUUGUUUUCGCCUGCCAGCUCUUCUGUAACUAGCAAGCUGCUUCCUGCUUUGUACUUGCACCUGAAGGAUCAGAAUCCGAACAUUCGAUACACCAUGGCAAGCGCAGACAUCACAGAUGCAUUCCUCACGGUUCCACAGAAGCAGCCGACAUUGGUGAAGUAUGGUAGUCAGUUGUUUGCUUUGGGACGUGUGUUGCCAGGGCAGAGAGACGGCAGCCAGUUGUGGUUUGACUCAGUGACUUCCUUCCUCAAACAGGAACUUCAGGCCGAAUCAUGCCAAGGCUAUCCAUCCCUACUUCGCAGUGCAGAGUGUUUCAUUUGGCUUCAUGUGGAUGACAUGUUGAUCGUUUUAGAAAGUGCUUACUUUGAACACAAGCUUGUCCCAGUGUUAGAAACCCGAUACAAGGUGUCAGUGCAAAGCAUUCAGAACCCCGGUGACAGUGUAGAGUUUUUGAAGCGCGCACAUGUUUUGAUUGAGGAAGAUACCAUUUUGGUUCAUCAAAAUCCCAAGCAUUUGUUGAAGCUGUGUGAAGUGGUUGGGGUUCCAGAAAAUGCCAAACCAAAGAAGGUGCCAUGUCAUGAGAGUGUCAAUGAAGUUGACACCACCGAAGAGUUGUCUCAAGCAUACUGCUCAAGAUAUCGAUCAGCAAUUGGCAUUCUGAUGUAUCUCUCUUCAGAUCUGGUGGAAUGUGCUUACUGCAUCAGAGCAUUGGCGCAGCAGAUGGCCAAGCCCACUCAGCGAAGCUGGACUAUGCUGAAGCACCUCACCAUGUAUUUGUUGGGAGCCCGGUCAUAUGCCUUGCAACUCAGGAUCAAAAGCAAUGGACUGUGGCACACUCCAGAUGAUGAAGGUGACUUCACUCUUGAGAUGUUCAGCGAUGCCGACUGGAGCGCAUGCAAGAAAUCCCGACGCUCAGUCAGUGCUGGCUUGGUGUUCUUCCGAGGAUGUCUACUGCUGGUAACGUCAAGAUCUCAGCGAGUGAUUGCUUUGAGUUCAGCAGAAUCAGAACUGCACGCUGCAGUCUCAGUGACAUGUGAUGGAAUACUUUUGAAGCUAUGCGUUGAAUUCUGCCUCCGCCAACCAGUUCGUUUGAAGCUGCUACUCGACAACGUGGCAGCAAAGCAGAUCAUGUUCAGAAGUGGCGUUGGAAGGGUAAGGCAUUUGUCGUGCCGUGCCCUGUGGAUUCAGCAGCAUGUCAAGGAGAAGAAGUUGGAAAUUGCCUCCAUUCCAACCAAGUACAAUGUGUCAGACAUAGCUACAAAGAAGCUAUCGUGUGAUAGAAUGAAGUUCUUGAUGAACAUGGCCGGCGUCUAUGACAUGGACUCCAGGGAAUUGGUUGGAACCACGGAAGCUCGCAGAGAACAGCAAGGUGAAGACAUGAAGGCUACCCUUGGAGCCAUUCGACAGAAUCUGGGAGAGCCUGCAACUCAUGCAGGUGUUCAGAAGUCGAAAGCUUUUCUUCGAUGUUUGGCUUUUGCCAUGAUGAUGAUGUCCGCUGACGCCUUGAGCCUGGAUGAUAGUUUGAGCCCAAUGCCAACAGUGGAGAUCUAUGCGCAGAGCAUUCAAUGGAGCCUUGUGCUUCUGACAGUGGCGUCCCUCAGCUUUGUUUGUUGGAUGUAUCCUGCACCCAACGACCUUCCAGAGCCAGAACCUGAGGAAGAGCUGCGUGAAGAGUUGGUGGGAGUCGAGACUGGCUUCCACAAGAUCAAUGUGUACACAUACCUAUGCAGAUGCAUUGAGCAGGUACACGAGUUGCACGACACACUGCAGAACGAUGAAGAGCUUGCAGAUUUACGAACUUUGUAUGCGUCAUUCAUGAGCCUCUACAACAAGUUUGAAGAGCAUGGAGUUACCCAAGAGUCCGUGAACGAAAUGCAUUUCCUGCAUGAGCAACUGCAGCGACAUGAUGAUGAAUUCGAUGCUCGUGACGGCUUACACGAGCUGAUGUGUGCGAUGGCAGAACCUGCAGUGGAAGACGUGAUCCCUCCUGAAAUGCCAGACAGCUUGCAGAGCAGCAGAUUGAGUCGCCCUUUGAGCCCAUGA